AUGGCUAAGGGGUACAGUCAACAAGAAGGCCUAGAUUACACUGAAACAUUUUCACCUGUGGCAAAAAUGGUGACUGUUAGGUUUGUGGUUGUUGUUGCUAAACACUGGCCUAUAUUUCAAAUGGAUGCACACAAUGCAUUUCUACAAGGAGAUCUUCUAGAAGAGGUCUAUAUGGAUAUCCUCAGGGGUUUGCUAGCCAAGGAGGGUGCUAAGCCUGCUGGUGCACCACUGGAAACUAAUGUGAAGUUGACAUCUACUGAGUAUGAUUCAUUUGUCAAAAAUAAUGAAGGUAUUGAGAACAAGUUACUCAAUGAUGCAGGCUCAUACCAAAGGCUUGUUGGCAGACUAUUGUAUUUGACAAUGACUAGGGUUGAUAUUGCCUUUGUAGUGCAAGUGUUUAGUAAAUUUAUGCACAAGCCCAAACAGUCACAUGGAAGCUGCUCUAAGGGUAGUAAGGAUAAGUAUGCUGGAACUGAAUCAUUUUGUGCUGGAGUUCCAGCAUAA